AUGGCGGUACCCGGCGCCCACGAGUUCCACUGGCAGAGCCUGGCGCGGCUGCCCAGCGGGCGGGUCUACCACACCCUGUCUGACGUGGGGGGGCAGAUGUACAUGCUGGGGGGCUGCGACGCGGCGGGGCGGCCCUGCCCGACGCUGGAGCUCUACUCCCCCGAGGGGGACCGCUGGGUCGGCCUGCCCCCCAUGCCCACCCCUCGGGCCGGCGCCGCCGUGGCGGUGCUCGGGAAGCAGAUCCUGGUGGUGGGCGGCGUGGGCGAGGACCAGAGCCCCCUGAAGGUGGUGGAGAUGUACAACACGGAGGAGGGCAGGUGGCGGAAGAGGAGCGCCCUGCGGGAGGCGCUGAUGGGCGUCUGCAUCACCGUCAAAGGUGGCCGCGCCCUGGCGGUGGGGGGAAUGGGGGCUGACCUGCUCCCUCGUAGCGUCCUGCAGCAGUACGACCUGCGGAAGGACGUGUGGGCGCUGCUCCCUCCCAUGCCGACGCCGCGCUACGACGCCAACGCUCAUCUGCUGGGCAACAGGCUCUACGUGGCAGGCGGACGUCACUGCAAGCGUCCGGUGAAGGCCUUCGAGGCGUACGACACCGAGUCCCGCUCCUGGACCACGCUCCCCCUGAUGCCCUGCAAGCGCUCGUACGGCGGCGUGAUCUGGGACCCGAGCGGGAGGCUGUGCCUGCUGGGAGGACUGCGGCAGGGCGGAGGACACCACAGCUCCAAGUUCACCAAGAACGUCAACAUUUUCGACACCAACCAAGGCGUCUGGCUGAAGUCGGAGGAGACGGUGGCGAUGAAAACAAAGAGAGCUGACUUCGCCGCCGCCUUCCUGCGCGGCCGCAUGGUGGUCGCCGGGGGACUCGGUCACGAGCCCUCGGCUCUGGACACGGUGGAGGCUUUUCACCCUCAGAGGAAGAAGUGGGAGAAGCUGGCUCCUAUGACCUUCCCCAGAUGCUCCGCCUCCUCCAUUAUCAUCAGAGAUCGCCUCCUGGUGGUGGGAGGAGUCAACCAGGUUCCCAGCUCGGCUCACGAGAUCCUCUACGUCAAAGAGGAGGAGUAUCUGUAGCCGGAGCGACCGACGGCGAGACCAACGCAGCACAGCAGCGCUCCCUCCUCUGUCGA